AUGGAAUUCUAUUCGACAGAUUAAAUUGUAGAUCAUAAACAAAAUAUACCAAUUGAGAUAUGGAACUAGUUCCUAUGUAAAUUUCCUUACUGUUCAAUAUAAAAAUUUAAAUUGCCUGCUGAUGCUCGCAAAGAAAAAUCUAAAUUCCUUUCAGCUUUACUUAUUGCUAAUUUUUUUGAUAUAAUAAUAAGCUUGCAAUAAUUAACAAAGCUUGAAUAAAUAUAAUAGUAGUUUUAAUAGAUAUUGGAUGAUUAAAACCAAUCCCACCUCAUAAAAAAUCGAUUUCAGAAUUAUAUAAACCAAUUUCAGAUUUUUUUGGAUGAAUUAAAACCCUUUGAUUUUAUAGAAAUUUAAGGUAACUAAUCAAAUACAGAGACGACAAGCAAGGUUUAAGAUUCCUUAAAAAAAAAAAUAAAGAAAAUAUACGAUUAUUUAUCUGAUUAAUAAAAGGUCAACAUUCUAUUUCAAUUGUCAAUAGGUAUAGCUUUGAGUUUCUAUCUGAACUCUGAUUCUUAGGUAACUAUCUCAGCCACAUUAUAGAUAGAUUAGAAAACUAAGAACUAAAUUGUUAACAGAUUAUUAGAACUAAGUAAUGUUGAUGCUGUGCAUAGUAGUUCAUAAAAUGAUUUUUUUGCGGAAGAUUAUAUAGCCAUAGCCAUUUCAAAUUUACUAAAUUAUCCUAUCCAUUUUUUUAUAAAUGAAUUUGAUAAAGACAGGGAGGAUCUUAUGCAAAGAAAAAUUCAUUAAGAAUAAAAUUAAGAUAAAGUUGUAGCUUUCUUAAUAGAUGGAGUUGAAAACGAUCUUAAUGUGAGAAUUUUAGCAUCCAAUCAAGAUACUCGGUGUGCUUAAAAUAUCAUCAAUAAAAAACAACAAUAGCAACAGAAAUCUAUUGUAAAUUCCUUAUAAUAAAUUUUUGACAAUAUACUAGAUCAAGUAAUGGAGGAUUUUUGUAAUUUGAAUGAAUUAUGGAUUCUUCAGAUAUUAUAGAUUAUAAAGCAUGGAGGAUCCUAGUCACUUAUUACUGAUAGAAAGCCUAUAAAUAUAAAUCAAUAAUUUAUAUAGUAUAGUUAAGAACUAUUUUAAUAGCUGAAAUUUGAUCCUACAGCACAAUAAGAAUUCUUAAAGAACUUUGAAGAGAAGUUAUAAAAAAAAGAAUAGGUUGUUGAAAAUAUUAUCAUCUCCUAAUUUCAAACGAUUAGAGAUUAAAUACAAGGCAGAUCUUAAGAACCUUAAUAGAGUGUCAUUUAAUUUUAAAAGUAAAGCAAAUCAAAUUUUGCAGUUUGUCCAAAGCCUAAAGAAGUAGACGACGAUAUACCUUAAAAUGUUGAUUUCGAUUAGGUUCUUAAAUCUUAAAUAAAAAAUAAUAAUUUAAAUAACAAAUUAGUUGAUCAUAGUCCUAAGAGGUAGAACUAGUCUAAAAGUGAAAUUGACAAUAGAAUAAAGCUUAAAACUCUAAAUGAUUAAAAGAAAUGUGAAAGCAGUAUAGUUAAUCACGAAGAAAUGUUAAGUAUUAAAAAAGCUUCUCUCAUAUAUCGAUAGACGAUAUCAAGUAAAGUGCAAUCAGAAAUAAAUUCAUUUUCUAAUAUAGAAAAAAAUAAAUUCUUAUUUACUCCAUCAAUCAUCAAUCAAAAAUCUUAAAUUAAAAGACAAAGCGAAAUUAAUAUAAUUCCCAAGACUCUUAACUCAAGUUAGAUUUCUGAAACCUUAAAAGAAUUAAGCAGUAGCAUUGCUAGUGUCGAGGAUACAUUUAAAUGUACAAUUUGUUGCUGUGAAUACAAGGACCCUGAUGAAAUCAAAACUCUACAUGAUGAUCAUAAACUUUGCAAGUUUUGUUUAGGAAGUUGGAUAAAAGUAAAUAAAAUAUAAUUAAAUACAGGUAAAAUUCAAUUCAACACAAUGGAACUUUAAAUAUUUUAAAUGUCCAAUACAAUCUAAUGAUGGUAAAACUCAAUAACCUUGCGACCAUGCAAUUGAAUAAUAGUAGAUUUAAAAUGUGUUAACAGCUGAGGAAUUUGACUUGCUGAUAGUGAAUACUAUAAAAAAUUAAAUAGUAGAUAUCAUCUGUCCAAACUAAGAUUGUAGAGCAAAUAUAAAGGGUAUACCACCAGUGGAUAGAAAUGAAUUGCUAUGUCCAAUAUGUUCUAUUAAGAUUUGUUGCGUUUGCAAGUAAAUCAUUUUUUCUCUAUAGCCAAUUAGAUAAAUAGACCAUAUUGAUUCUAAAUGUCCAUAACGCCUUGAGGAAAUAAAAUUGGCUUUAUAGGAUGAAAGGAUUAGUUGUUGUCCUGGGUGUCUUGAAAUCUAUAUGAAAAAUGGAGGUUGUGAACAUUUCUCUUGUACAAAGUGUUUCACAGAAUUUUGCUUUGGUUGUAGUGCUUAUAGAAAACCAAUUUUAGGACACGGUACUAGUUUAUGAUUGAUAAUAAGGAGCUCAUUUUCAUAGGGAAGGUUGUUCAUCAAGAAAACCAUGGUAUCAAGAUUAAGAUAAGAAGAUAGAAAAUUUGGAUGAAGAAUAUAUCCCUGAUCAGUGUGAAUAUUGUAAGUAAUAUUAAAGAGCCUGUCCUCGUCCAAUUAGUUUAUCAGAAUUCAAGAGUUUAGCUCAUUUAAAUUUUGAAAAUAAUUAAAUGUGA